AUGUUCUUGCGGUGGGAGCAGAAAGAAUAUGUAUCGAAGAUCCUCGAACCUCGAGAGGAUGUCGUGUUUGGGAUAUUGAAGGGAUGGGUACAGAUCGUUGAUAAGUGUCCAUUCGUCAGCGUUCCUGGAGACCGUCGAUGGCUGCUGAGGAGCGGUUGCGUGCGUACACCUGAAGCGGUGGAGUCGGUGAAGAGCUCGACGACGACGCUGGACGAUUCGCUACAGAAACCGUCAUCGUUUUCAUUCAGCGUUCGCGAUGCGUGUGUGGCUGCUGGUCAAGUGGACGCGAAAGUUGAUGGCCAGUCGUUGGCGGCUCAUCGUUUUGUGCUCGCAGCAGCAAUACCGUACUUUCGAGCGAUGUUUGGCUAUGAUGUUGUUGAGGCGAAGAUGGAUCGAAUCCUUCUGAAUGUGAGUUUUCCAUUACCGUAG